GUCAUCGAGUCUACUCAGAACUGUGUUCCGCCAGAUUGUGCCUUCCUUGCAUAAAACCAUGUCACCUCUUCCUUUGGUUCUCCACAUUGUUCUUUGCUGUUGGAGGAAUUGAGAAGGAUGUGCCGAGCUUCAGGGACUGGGAUCAUCAUUGUCGACUGUUUCAGAAAUGUUCUAUUCCAGAUAUGGGAAUGGAGGAAAUGCGUGUUCAGAGCCUUCAAAGUCUUGAAUUCAUAAAGCAACCAUGGUGUAUAACAGCAGCCGCAUAAGGGGCAGAACUUUCUUAAUGCCUGACCUGAAUAACCGUGAUGACCCUAUACCUAUUGAAGACAUUGACAAUGGUACUGAAAACGUCACAGAAGGUGGAUCAGGAUCCGUCAGUCAAAUGAAUUCAUCUCUAAAUGCGCAACGACCAAUGUCAGCAGAAACGGAAAGAUACCUCACUAGUCCAUGGCUGACGCGUUUUGUUCCUUCAGUUUACAUGUUAGUGGUUAUGCUGAGUCUCCCUCUGAACGUUACAGCAAUACUUGUGUUUUUGAAAAAAAUGAAAAUCGAAAAGCCAGCUGUAAUAUACAUGCUGAAUUUGGCCAUUGCCGAUGUACUGUUCGUAAGCGUGCUUCCUUUUAAGAUUGCGUAUCAUUUUUCUGGAAACAACUGGGUAUUUGGACCUGAAAUGUGCCGUUUCGUCACUGCUGCCUUCUACUGUAACAUGUACUGUUCAAUAAUGCUUAUGACGAGCAUAAGCUUUGAUCGCUUCUUAGCAGUGGUGUAUCCCAUCCACUCUCUUUCAUGGCGUACGUUAACACGUGCCUCAGUGACUUGUAUCAUCAUAUGGCUUGUGGCAAUAGCUGGGGUUAUACCUUUUCUCGUCAGAGAGCAAGCUAUGGAAAUACCCAAGUUAAAUAUAACGACCUGUCAUGAUGUACUAAAAGAAUCUGAACUUCACAACUAUUACCUCCAUUUCUUCUCCAUCUUCUCUUCUAUUUUCUUUGUAGGGCCAUUUAUAAUAUCUACCGUCUGUUACCUGUGUAUCAUUCGAUGUCUUAGUUCUUCUAGUAUUGUGGCAAAAGAAAAUAAGAAGAAACGUGCCUUGCUCUUGUGUGUAGCUGUUUUUUCUGUUUUUGUUAUUUGUUUUGGACCAACAAAUGUCCUCCUAUUAAUUCAUUAUAUACAUUUUUCUUAUGACAACAGUUUAGAGUAUCUCUACUUUGCCUAUCUACUCUGUGUUUGUAUCAGCAGCGUUAGUUGUUGCAUUGAUCCCUUUAUUUACUACUAUGCUUCUUCUCAAUAUCAGAGGCAACUUUUCGCUAUCUUCAGUUGUAAAGAGACUUUUGAUCCUAACAGUAGUAGCGGCAGUGGCCAGUCAAUGUCAACCACUAGUAGAAGGGAUACUUGCUCCAGUAAUGUGAAUAACAGUGUCUACAGGAAAUUGCUAGCAAUGCAUUGAGAAAAUAUCUCUUACACUUGCUUAAUUUUUAGACAAUUUCAGGGGAAAAAAAAGUAUUAUAUCUAAUAAAUGCAAAGCCUUUGAUCAAGUUGUUGUGUAAUACAUAGUUCUGUGGAUUCGUUAUAGUAAUGCGCAAUUCAACACUGUAUGCGUGUAUAGUGUAUGUAUGUAUAUAAGUUAUGCAAAGCCUUAGAUCAAGUUGUUGUAUAAUACAUAGUUCUGCGGAUUCGUUCUAGUAAUGCACAAUUCAACACUAUGCGUGUAUAGUGUAUGUAUAUAAGUUAAUUUAGAACAGAAAAAUAAUUUUUUAAUAAAAGCAGUUGAGUGUUUUUCAAAUAAGUUACUUUUUUUAACCAAAUCCUUUAAAAUUUUUAAUUCAAUUUAUUGCAAGGGUUUUAUGAAACCCUAUUUUAAGGGUUUAAACUUUGUCAGGUUGACUAGAUUCUCAUUUAUGGAACUAGUUAUCUGCUAAUUCAUGACCAAAGUGAAAAUAUCUUUCCAAGCAAUGUUUUUUCCUAUUUGUUUUUAUUUGUGGAAU